AUGACAUUUGAAAAAUUGUUGUUUUUGUGUGUGUGUGUGUGUUGUUUUUGUGUGUGUGUGUGUGUGUGUUGUGUUUGUGUGUGUGUGCGUGUGCGUGUGCGUGUUUGUGUGUGUGUGUGUGUGUGUGUGUGUGUGUGUGUGUGUGUGUGUGUGUGUGUGUGUGUGUGUGUGUGUGUUGUUUGUGUGUGUGUGUGUCUGGCCAACAAAGCAAUCGCUGUUGGUGCCGUGGUUAGUCGAGAAGAGACCAUCAGUACAAAAACACGCCGCAUCGGGUGGCACAACAUGGAUGCUUCGUCGGACAUUCAGGGCGUGGCGCAGUCGACCCACACAUGUCGAUUUUGCGCUCAAACCUUUACGACGCAGAAGGAGCAAGCGCAUCAUCAGCGCAAGCGGCAUCAGCAAGAGGCACGGAUCACCAUCGGUCAAAAAAGCUUUCUUUUGAAACGGGCACUUGAUGGCUAUUUUUGGUGUCCGGUUUGCGGCUGCAACAAGCACUACCCCAAGGCUGAGGGCAUAAGACGGCACAUCAAAGCAAAGCACGAGGCUGUGACGGAGAAAAUCUCUACCGAGCUCGAUGGCAUGCUCUUGGACCGCUCUGCUGCGGACACUAUCAAUGCUCCGAGAUCGGACUUGAGAGCGCCAAAACGCCGACAUCCUCAUCGUCAAGUGUCCCUGAGCGUAAACGCCAAUACAUCACACGCUCAGAUGUACCUGGAAUCGCUGGGCCUGGUUCUAGAUGAGUACGAGUGGAUACUAAUUUGCGGCAAGUGCGGGCACGCAUUGAACGAAAACCCAGCCCAGCACCUGAAGCGCCACUGCGUAAACGUACAAGAUGCAGACAUCUCGCUUGCAAUGGAUCUCAUCAAGGAGGCGACGCCUCGAAAGGAGCCUGUUCUCGACAUGAACGGCUGCCGACCUGCGUACCCAUGCAUCCCAGUACAACGGGGCUACAGAUGUCCUUGCUGUGCCUCUUGCUUUUCAACACUUGAAAGCCUGGAGCGACAUGAACAAUGCCAUAAGGGCGAUCCAGCCAUCACGGAGACGCCACGAAAAGUCUGGAUGCAGCGGCUCAGGAAAGGAGGAUUGGGCUCGAGCUAUGUGGAGGUCCAGUAUUCGAAGCGAUCCAAGAGACGCCGUGUGGACGCGCAAUCCUUCCUAUCUUUGCUCGAGGCUCAGAAAAAAAAGGACUUUGUCGUCAACUCGAUACGACUCCAUCCGGUUUAUCAGAUUCUGGGCCUUGGGGUGCUGCUUGACCGGUUGUCACUGAGCCAAGUCAGAGAGCUGGGUUGCAGCGAGGUCAACCCGACCCUACUCUCAGUCAUGCACGGUCUUUUGGACAAGACGUACGAAAACAUGUUGUGCUACACGACGGCUCGUGAGGUCCUUGGGAAACUGUACACCAAGUCGGGAGACGUGUUUACGGCCCGAUAUUAUCAAAAAGUCAUGCAGCACACCUACGAUCGCUACAUGAUUGUGGCUACGCGCUACGUGCAGUACCUCCUACAAGUACGGCGCCAGGGCGACGAGGUUCCGGGUCGAAUCAGUGACGAGCUGGCAAAAGCUUUGGACGACGUGGAAGUGGCCCAAGGUCAAAACAACCAUGUCAUGACGCUGUCCGAGGCGCUGACCAAUGUAUGGUGUGCCGUACUUGAUGAAAGCACGGACAUGAACAGCUUGGACCUGGAGUACUGUCCCACCGUCUAUAUCCUUUGUACGGCGCUGCAAGCCAACGACACCUUCAAGCAGCCAAACAACUGGACGCCAACGCUGGCAGCUCUGUUGUGGAUCUGCCGCUUGUUCCUGCUCAGAGAGAGAGAGAGAGAGAGAGAGAGAGAGAGAGAGAGAGAGAGAGAGAGAGAGAGAGAGAGAAAGACCGUUACUAUGAGUGGUGAUGGAGAGAGUGCAAGCAUCGACCACCUGCCAGAGCCCUCUGGAAGGAUUGCAUAA